CUCUGGAGCUGGAAGCCGGGUGCGUCGCUCCUCUGUCAGCUUGAACGGCUCUGGGCUUCUGUGACACGGAACAGAACAUCAUUCCACCUCUUCUUCUCGUUGUAUUCAGCUUCGUGGACCUUUAAAUUAAUCCAGGCUUUAAGAUGUCUCAGAAGAUCAAGGCCGGCUCUGUGGUGGAGAUGCAGGGAGACGAAAUGACUCGAGUCAUCUGGGAGCUCAUUAAGGAAAAACUCAUCUUCCCAUACCUGGAGAUGGACCUACACAGCUAUGACCUCGGUAUGGAGAACCGUGACGCCACAGAUGACAAGGUGACAGUUGAAGCGGCAGAGGCAGUCCAGCGUUACAAUGUGGGUGUAAAGUGCGCCACCAUCACACCAGAUGAGAAGCGAGUGGAGGAGUUCAAUCUCAAGCAGAUGUGGCGUUCGCCUAACGGAACCAUUCGAAACAUCCUAGGAGGAACUGUGUUCAGAGAGGCCAUCAUCUGCAAGAACAUCCCCCGUCUGGUGCCUGGCUGGAUCAAACCUAUCAUCAUCGGCAGGCACGCCCACGGAGACCAGUACAAAGCCACAGACUUUGUGGUGCCUGGGCCCGGGAAGGUGGAGAUGACCUACACGCCCAAAGGAGGGGAGCCAAUUAAAUAUACCAUCUUUGAAUUUCAGGGUACAGGUGGUGUUGCCAUGGGGAUGUACAACACAGAUAAGUCUAUCACUGACUUUGCACACAGCUCCUUCCAGAUGGCUCUGUCCAAGAGCUGGCCGCUGUACCUCAGCACCAAGAACACUAUCCUGAAGAAGUACGAUGGGCGCUUUAAGGACAUCUUCCAGGAGAUCUACGAGAAGGAGUACCGCGCUCAGUUUGAAGCUAAAGGUAUCUGGUAUGAACACCGCCUGAUAGAUGACAUGGUGGCUCAGGCAAUGAAGUCUGAAGGUGGUUUCAUCUGGGCCUGCAAGAACUACGAUGGAGAUGUUCAGUCGGACUCUGUGGCACAAGGUUACGGCUCUCUGGGCAUGAUGACCAGCGUUCUUAUUUGUCCUGAUGGUCGUACGGUGGAGUCUGAAGCCGCACACGGCACAGUGACACGCCACUACAGACAACACCAGCAGGGGAAAGAGACCUCCACCAAUCCUAUCGCCUCCAUCUUUGCAUGGACAAGAGGUCUGCUGCACCGAGCGAAGCUAGACAGCAACACAGAGCUUCGAGUGUUCGCUGAGUGUCUGGAGGCUGUUUGCAUCGAGACCAUCGAGGCCGGUUUCAUGACCAAGGAUUUGGCUAUCUGCAUCAAAGGACUGCCAAAUGUGACACGUGCAGACUACUUGAACACCUUUGAGUUUUUGGACAAACUGGCAGAGAACCUGAAGAUGAAGCUCGCCAACCAGCCCAAACUGUGAUCUCUGCUUUCAUCUUUAACAGAUAAAAAAUCACGGAAACACAUUUUUAACAUGCACACAUAAAUCCACACAGAAUCAUUGCUGGAGCCCGGAGGAAAGACCCCUAAACUCCAGGAGACUGAAGCCGAGUCUGAGGGUCUGAGCAUGUCUGGUGCCUUUUUUGGACGGAGGAAAAACGGAGGCCAUCUUUGUUAAUGUUUCACUAAAACACCGGAUGGCUCAGUCGUCUUGUUUACCCUGAUUGCACUUGGUCCCCUGCAAUGAGUUCUAGUGUCGUCAGUGUUUGUUGGUGAUCUUUGCUCGACGGGGGACAGAAUCUGUCUUGAGGGAUCUUUCAGACCCUCACUGCCUUAUUCCUUUUUAUGUCACAGUCCUACAUUAAUCCUCGUCUCUUUCUUUGUCUUGUGAAGUUUUAAUGAUACCUCAGGCAACAUUUAAUCUUUUAAUCUCACAAUCUGUACUUCACUAAGGAAAUGUAACUAUAAUGCAACAUAGAACACUGAAAACAUAGACUAAUUAUGUCAUUUACAGCACAGAAUCACUAAAACAUGGUCUGCUAAUGUCAUCAGUAGUGAUAGAUUAGAAAAAAUGGACUGAAAAUGUCAUUUAUGCUAAAAAAAAUCACUCAAACAAUAACUGAUCAUGUCAUUUACAGCUUUAAAGAAAUGGUUCUGACAAAAAACACUGCUUUUAGAUUCUCAUACUAACAUUUGUAAUCAUAGUUGUUGAAUAGUUGUAUUUAUUUGUCCUCCUUUUUGUGUGUACUGUGGUCGAGUUAACAUUCAGCUCAUUAGUCGUAUCCUGCCAAAAAGUCAAACAGAUGUUGGUCUGUAAACAUGCAUGUUAAUUCUUGAUACGUAACUCAUAAUAAAUGAGUUUUUGAAGAAA